GCGUUAAUUAGAAAUAAAAAUUAAUUUUGAAGGGAAUUUUUUAAUAAAAGAAUAACACGUCUCAGGAUUUUUAUAUUAGCAAUAGUUGUAAUUUUAUUUAUUAUUUUUCUGAAAUAUUCCAUAUGAAUAUAUAAUACACAAAUUAAGGAUAAGUUGAGGGACAACGAUAACCAUACGACACUAAAAACCAUAACUCCACUUCAAAAAUAACCAACAAAAAACCCCAAUUGUUUUCAAAAAAAAAAAAAACAAAAACAAAAAACCCCAAUUGUUUUCAAAAAAAAAAAAAACAAAAACAAAAAACCCCCAUUAGCGCCAAAAUUAAUCAAAAACAAAACCCUAAUUUCAAUUCCACACAAUCAAAUGCUCGCCAUUUCACCUUCUUCCUUCUUGAUCAUACCAAAAUCUUCCCAAGUUAGAAUUUCUUCAGCAUUAAACCCUAAAUUCUCGACCAUUCGAUCGUCUUCCUCCGUAAAUGAGGCAGUGUUGGAGAACAGACAACCAGAAUCUUCGGCGGAUUUUCCGGCGAUAAAGGCGGCGAAGAGGGUGGUGUUGGUGAGACAUGGACAGAGUACGUGGAAUGCUGAGGGAAGAAUUCAAGGUAGCUCGAAUUUCUCUGUUCUUACUACUAAGGGCGAGGCUCAAGCUGAAACUUCUCGCCAGAUGCUUCUCGAAGAUUCCUUUGAUGUCUGCUUCACUAGUCCUCUGACUAGAUCAAAACGAACAGCUGAAAUUAUUUGGGGUAGCCGUAAGGAGCCAAUGAUCCCAGAUGUCGACCUGAGGGAAAUAGACCUGUAUAUUUUUCAAGGGCUCUUAAAACAUGAGGGGGAGGAGAAAUUCGGUACUGCAUUUCGUCAAUGGAAGCUAGAUGCUCCAAACUUUGUCAUUGAUGGUCAUUAUCCCGUCAGGGAGUUGUGGACACGUGCCAGAAGCUGUUGGGACAGAAUUUUAGCGCAUCAAAGCAAUUCAGUACUUGUUGUUGCUCACAAUGCCGUGAAUCAAGCUCUUGUUGCAACAGCAAUUGGCUUAGGAACUGAGUAUUUCAGAGUUUUACUUCAGAGUAACUGUGGUGUGAGUGUGUUAGAUUUCAUUCCUCAGGCAGAGAACAAGUCUCCAUAUAUCUGCCUUAAUCGUUUAAAUCAGACUCCUAAUUCACCUAUUGCUGCUGGAAGUUCUGCAGGUCGGAAAGCCAGUAAGCGCAUCAUCCUAGUUACUCAUGGAUCAUUAGUGAACAAUGAGGCUAAUCUCCCUCGUCUUGGGAAUCAACCUUUGAGCAUGCUUGGCAGCAUUCAGUCACAGAAAACUGCAGAGCUACUUCUUGAUUUGAAAGUGGAUACAGUAGUUAGCAGCCCUGGAAAGGCCUCAAUGGAGACAGCACAAAUCAUAUCCAAGACUCAAGAAGCUGCAGAGAGCUUGGGAGCUGAUAGUGUACCCCGAUAUGUGAAUGUUAAAGAGAUGAAGGACCUUGAUGUGGAAACCAUGCUUGGCCAGUUAAAACAAGGAGCAGCUGUUGAUUCAAUACUCCAGCCAAGUUUGUUGGAUGGACUUGGAAAUAGAAUUCUUAGUCCUGUAUGGGAUCAGACAGGAAAAGUAUGGCAAACUUUAUUAGAUGAAUUAUCCGGUUCUUCAGAAGUGGUCGUGGUUGUUGGACAUCCAACUCUUCACAUCGCACUGAUGACACAUUGCCUAAAUUUAUCAGAACAGUGGCUAGGGUCAUUCCAUCUCGAUGAAGGUAGUAUUAGCGUUAUUGACUUCCCUGAUGGACCAAGUGGAAAAGGCAUUAUUCGAUGCAUAAAUUACACUGCCCAUUUAGGAAGAUGGUCAAUUCCCAUCACUAAGCCAACAUUGGAUGAGGAAGAAAUGAACUAAUUGUUUCUCUGUAUAGUGUGAUUAUUGAAUAGAUGCGAAUACAUAUACGGUAUACUGUUAUCAACCAAUGUUAUGCAAAAUUGUUAUCAAAAUUUGAUUGUGAUAUAGUUUGAUCCUUAAAUACCCAUUCAUCGGUAUUUAAUCAUCGAAACAUGUGUACUAACAUACUGAGUAGUGUGUACUCUGUCAAUAAUGCAAUAGUUGCUGCAAUUGUUGAGGCAA